UUCAGACCAGCUGCUCUGCGCCUGGGCAGUCUCAGGUGUUCAGGCUGGGGACCUGCGCCCCGUGGGCCACUGUGGCCCCCGCAGUUUCCAGAGCUGAGUCUGCUGCAUGUUUGGAGCCACGAUGGAGGACUACGAGCAGGAACUAUACGGAAUCGAAGAUGAAUUCGAAGACCAGUUUGCCUCCGAGCUGGAAGUCUUAGCGGAGCUGGAAGAAGGUCGCUCUCUCCCAUCAUCCAGAGCCUCACAACCCCAGAAGAACAAGCUGACAUUUGAAGAAGCCAUUACAUCUGGGGAUGCCAUUCCCUCUCUCAUCAGCAUCCAGGAUCAACAGAAUGACAUUUCCCCCAGAAAAAACCAUAAGGACAUUGGAGACAGCAGCUCCAAGAAACGGAUUCUGACUGCUGAUCUCAAGAAAAAAAAGGAAGAAAAAGACUCUGAGUUUUUAUUCUCAGAGGACCUCACACUCACUCCUAAGCCUAAGAGGCAGAGGCUGGAUGUAGUCAAGAAGCUAACCUUUGGACAAGAGGAAGAACCAAUCUAUCCUGACUCCCCUCCCAAAGAUAUCACCCCACCCCUUUCUCCUGAGGACCACCAAGAGAUGUGGAAUAACAGAGACUUGGACAAGUUUCUGGAUCAAGGGCCCCUGGACAUAAGUGAUGUGGGUUUCCUACAGAUGACACCGUCUCCUCGUCGGAACAAGAAAUUAAUUCUGAAACGUCCCCCAGUCCUGGAGGAAUAUAUCAAUGUGACCUCUACCGAUGGCACCAGGGUCUACAUGGCGGUAAAAGAUGAUCCCUUGGGAGUAGGAGUGAAGCUCUCCCAGUGUGAUGCUGCCUGGCGUGGACAUGGGCAACUCCAUUUGCUGGGUAUGCCCUUUUCUUACCUGAAGGAGCAGGUUGAUGAUGAGCGUAGGCGGAAGGUUCUGGAAGCUUCACAAAAACUGACUGAGGUGCUAAACAGGCAUCGGAGGGCCAGUGAACCUGAAGGGGAGACCCCAGAAAUGGGAGAUGGUGUCAGUAGAGCCAGAGGGAUGGAGGAAGAAGAGGAGAAAGAAAAUCAAGACUCUUCCCAGCACAGCCUCUGGGUCGACUUAUUCACCCCUCGGCACUACAGGGAGUUGCUCAGUGAUGAUUACACCAACCGCUGUCUUCUGAAGUGGCUCAAGCUAUGGGAUGUGGUGGUGUUUGGCAGAGAGAAGGUUGCCAAGAAACCAAAACUGAAUUCUGAGCAGCCAUCAGCCCGAGGUCCCUCCAAACACGGCAGAGAGCCCCAGAAGUGGAAGACCAAAGAGCAGAUAAUGGAGGAGAUCUUGGAUGCUGAGCUGGAUCAGAACAACAGACCCAAAUACAAGGUAGCCCUUCUGUGUGGCCCACCUGGGCUGGGAAAAACCACCUUGGCACAUGUGAUUGCCAGACAUGCUGGGUACAGUGUGGUGGAGAUGAAUGCCAGUGAUGACCGUAGUCCUGAGGUCUUCAAGACUCGCAUCGAAGCAGCCACGCAGAUGGAGUCAGUUUUGGGAGCCAAGGGGAAGCCCAACUGCUUGAUCAUCGACGAAAUAGAUGGUGCGCCUACGCCCUCCAUCAAUGUUCUUCUUAGCAUCAUUAAUCGUAAGGAUGUUGGAGAGACAGAAACAACAGGAACAGCUGGAGGUGGCAAGAAACGAAAGAAAGAAGGGGGGCUCUUAUUGCGACCCAUUAUCUGCAUCUGCAAUGAUCAAUACACACCUUCUCUGAGACAACUGAAGCAGCAGGCUUUCCUCCUACAGUUCCCACAAACACUACCUUCCCGACUGGUCCAGAGAUUGAAUGAGAUCUCCUUGCGGCAGGGAAUGAAAGCAGAUACUGGUACCCUCAUGAUGCUGUGUGAGAAGACAGAAAAUGAUAUCCGCUCCUGUAUCAACACCCUCCAGUUUCUGUAUGGCCAAGGCCAAAAGGAGCUAAGUUCAAGGAUGGUACAGACCAUGAGCAUUGGCUUGAAGGACCAGAAGAAGGGCUUGUUUUCCAUUUGGCAAGAAAUAUUCCAGUUACCCAAGAUUCAGAGGCAGCGUAUCGGCCAGGACGUCUUCCUGCCACAUCAGACGCUUCUUGACGGUGAUAGUGGCCCUCUGGGCAGGGGCCCUCUGCACUCAUCAUCCCAGAGGUUCCACCACAUCCUGCACAUCACCACCUCAACAGGGGAUCAUGAGAAGGUGGCCCAGGGCCUCUAUGACAACUUCCUGAACAUGAAGCUCAAGGAUCCCACCUUAAACUCCAUAUGCGCUGCCAUGGAUUGGUUGAUAUUUGAAGAUAUCCUGGACCAGACUGUACGCCAUGGUCAGAACUUCCAGCUCAUGAGAUACUUACCUUUCCUUCCUGUUGCCUUCCACCUCCUUUUUGCAGCCAAUAGCAUCCCUAGGAUCUCCUACCCCAACAGUCAGCAUGAGGCACUGAAUAAGAUGAACCAGACACAGAACCUGAUUAUGUCUCUGGUAUCAGGAGUCACUCCAGCUGCCCGAAGCCGUGCAGGCCCGCAGUCCCUCAUCCUUGAAGCCCUCUGUCUACUCCUGGACAUUAUCUCCCCUAAGCUUCGUCCUGUGAGCACCCAGCUCUAUAGCAACAAAGAGAAACAGCAAUUGGCCAACCUCAUAAAUAUCAUGUUGGCUUAUAAUCUCACCUACCACCAGGAGCGGACCCCUGAUGGGAUGUAUACGUAUAAACUGGACCCGAAUAUAGAGGAGGUCUGCCGGUUCCCUGAUCUCCCUGCCCGCAAGCAGCUGACCUAUCAGACUAAACAGCUCAUUGCUCGGGAAAUUGAUCUGGAGAAGAUGAGGAGAGCAGAAGCUUCCAUUCAGGCUCGGUACGGUGGCCCGACAGACAAGGAAAACCCUUCAGUGAUGGAGAACCCUCAGGUCAGCAGUGGGGAGAAAGGGACACCCAUUACUUCCAUCCGGAACCACGAGCAGCGUCUGGAGCACAUCAUGAAGAGAAAAACUAUCUUUGAUGAGAAGCCUGAAAGAGAUUUCUUUGGCCGUGAGAUAGUGAGGAAGGUUGUCACUCCGAGUCAAGAAACCCAAGGACCUGAAAGAGAUUCUUUGGAGAGGCGUAUGGGAAAAGCAGUGGGGAAGAGUGAUGUGUGGUUUCGAUUUAACGAGGGUGUUUCCAAUGCUGUCCGGCGAAACCUUUAUAUUAAAGACUUACUCUGAGCCCUUGAACCCUGGCCAGAGCUGUUCUUCGUUCACAGGUUUUGGGUUCCUCCUUGAGGGGGAGAAAGACACAUAUCCACACAGAGAGACAGACUACCCCCAUCCCACUGUGUGUGUGAGAGAGAGACAGACAGAGAAUGUGGGGAGGUUAGGUAUUCCCCUGACCACUUUGCAAUAAAUAAACCAGUGAAUAAACUACAACAUUGAGAGUUU